CAUCACCUGGAGGUCAUCCGCGUCAAAGCACAGCGGCUAACACAGCAAAGAGAUGGUCAAAUGGAGCGCAGCUGCUCUGAGGGCGAAGCGCAACAGAUGGGCACAUAUACAGCUGCCGCGCUAUUGACUUACAAACGCUCUUCUGGAUAUUUGAACACAAUGAACACAAACGACGCAAAGGAAUACCUUUCCAAACGACAGAUUCCCCACCUUUUUGAGAGCAUGUUAACAGGGAUGAUGUACCACAAGCCCGAGGACCCUUUGACAUUCUUGGAGAGUUGUCUACGGAAAACACGAGACCUGGGAGGCCCUGAGUGUGUGGCUUGGGACACUUUCAUUACACCUGAUCGAAAACCACUACCACCAAUCACCCCUGCACAGGGGAAGAAAGCCCCCUGCAAGCUUGAUGGUGGCCCCGGAGCUGGCCCUGGACCUUACUGUCGAUAUGACAGACUACCAUCAAUUCAGGCCCAGUUCUCCAUAGAAAGUGACUCAGACAUGACAGAGUCCUCUGGGCUCAUACAGGAGUAUGAUGUCUUUGACCCAUCUAAACCACGGCCACAUAUCAUAUUCAUCAUUGGUGGACCAGGCAGUGGAAAGGGCACUCAGACUGCAAAAAUUGCACAUCACUAUGAUUUCGAGCACGUGUCAGUGGGGGAAAUCUUAAGGAACCAGUUGCUGCAUCAUGCCUCUAGUGACAGGAAAUGGGAGCUUAUUGCUCAGAUCAUUGCCAAUGGAGAACUGGCACCACAGGAGACGACCAUUGAGGAGCUGAAACACCAGUUUAUUAAGAAGCAGGAUGCCAAAGGAUUCAUUGUGGAUGGAUUCCCCAGAGAGAUAUCACAGGCAUUCACCUUUGUGGAGCAAAUUGGCUCUCCAGACAUGGUGAUCUUGCUUGCCUGCUCUAAUCAGCAACUCCGUCAGCGUCUUGAGAAAAGAGCCUCUCAACAGGGUCGUCCUGACGACAAUACUCACGCUAUUGAGAAGAGACUAGAUACAUUCAAACACAACAUCACACUCAUUGCCAAGUACUAUCAGGAGAGAAGACUUAUUGUAAGGGUGGAUGCAGAUCGAGAAGAGGAUGACAUUUUCACAGAUAUUUGUGCCAUUUUGCAGGAGAGACUGUUUUCUGGUAACACAGAUGCGAGCACUGGAGAUCUUUAGAGGGACUUCAUCUAAAAAUCUUCAUCUAAACAAACAAUUGUUGCCAUUAAAUCCUAUAUGUGAUUUACAAUCAGCCUGCUAG